AUGUGUUACUAUGUCGGAUACUAUGGAGGCCUGGGCUAUGGCUAUGGUGGCCUAGGCUAUGGCUAUGGCUGUGGCUAUGGCUGUGGCUAUGGUGGCUAUGGUGGCUAUGGUGGCUAUGGUGGCUAUGGUUAUGGCUGCUGCCGCCCACUGUGCUGUAGAAGGUACUGGUCCUAUGGAUUCUUCUGA